AUGAUUGAAAGUGGUGAAGAUUACGGAUUAAAUUUUCCAAGUAGUCCAAAGACACCCAAUACAUACUCACCUGAAUUAGAACGAUUAUGGCGUGAAACAUCUCAUCUUCGUGCUGAUCCAUCACUUAUUCUUGAAACACCUAAUGUCUACGAACAAGCUGCUCGUCUGAAAAAACUCGGUGUUGUUGAUCAUAUAACUCAAUUUGAUAUCAAUGGAUCCCAAAAUGUAACUGACGAAUUGAGCAAAACACCUUCAGCUAUGUCUUUCUCAUCAUCAUCAUCAACUUGUUCAUCUGAUUUCAGUCCACCUGCACAUCUUGUUCCAUUACAAAUGUAUCAUCAUCACAAUCGUAAUCCUCAUAAUCACCAUCAACAUCGUCAUCAUCAUCAUCAGCAGUUAUAUUCUAUGACAACAUCAAUAAAUGAAGUUUCAUAUCAACAUCCAGGUUCCAAAAUGCGUUCAAGUCCAUUAAUUCAAUCUCCUACUGCUCUACUUCUUUGUCGAAAACGUUUACCAUUAGAUAAUGAAUUAAUCAAUGAAGAAUUAUCAGCAACAACAACGUAUGAAAGUUUUAUGCAAAAACAACAGUGUCAAUCAGCAUGUUGUUGUUUAUACAAUGAUCACACAAAUUCAACAUUAUCUUGUUCCAAUUCAAUAAAUAAUCAUACAGAAAUGAUUAAAACAGAACCUUUACAAUAUUCAUCUGAUUAUUCAAUAGAUUUUGGACAUCAAUUAUAUGAUGAAACAACACUUUCAACUACAUCCUCAGAUGCAUAUUCAUCAUCAUUACUUAUUCCAGUUUCAUUACCUAUGGAUGAUACGAAAUCAUCUUCAUCACCAUCAUCAUCAGGACUUGAGUAUUCAUUAACAUCUCCAAUUCAUAUAAAUAAUAAUCAGAAUAAUAUGAAUGAUAUGUGGUCUCCACCAGUAGUAUCAACAGGUAGAAAACGUUCAGCAACAAAUACAAUAAAAGAACCAAAAGCAAAAAGAAAAAAUUCUCAACUAUCAACGAAUAAUACUGAAGGAGAUACACAACGUUCAAAUACUAUGAUACAUGUAUGUAGUCAUCCCGGAUGUGGAAAAACAUAUAAUAAAUCAUCACAUUUACGUGCUCAUGAACGAACACAUUCUGGUAUUAAACCAUAUUCAUGUGCAUGGCCGUCGUGUGGAUGGAAAUUUGCCCGAUCUGAUGAAUUGACACGACAUUAUCGGAAACAUACUGGUGUCAAACCAUUUGCGUGCAAAUUUUGUGAUCGAGCUUUUGCUCGUUCUGAUCACUUGACACUUCAUAUGAAACGGCAUCUUUAA